AUGGAACGGUGGCGGAAUAGAGUUGCUGUGGUUACUGGUGCUAGUUCUGGUAUAGGUGCAGCUUGCUGUAAAGAUUUAGUAGCCGAGGGCAUGAUUGUUGUAGGAUUGGCACGUCGAUUAUCCCAUAUGGAAAAUAUAUUAAGACCCAGUUUACCUGUUGCGCAGCAGUCGCGCUUUUACGCAUUAAAGUGUGAUGUGAGUGUAGAAGAAGACAUUUUAAAUGCUUUCGCUUGGGUUGAUAAGAAAUUCGGUGGUGUUGAUGUUUUAAUUAAUAAUGCUGGUAUAUUACGAUCUACACAAAUUGUGGCCUCGAAUAAUUCAGCGGAUUUGAGAGCCACUGUUGAUGUUAAUAUUAUGGGCGUGGCAAUGUGCGCACGUGAAGCCUUUCAAUCUAUGAAAAGACGGAAUGUUGACGGACAUAUAGUUAAUAUAAACAGUGUUGCAGGUCAUAUGGUGCCGCAAGUACUCGGAAUUACAUAUAACAUAUAUCCGGCAACUAAACACGCAGUCACCGCAAUGAGUGAGGUUUUAAGGCAGGAAUUUUUACUUAAUCAAACAAAAAUAAAAGUUACGAGCAUUAGUCCAGGUGUAGUGGACACUGAAAUUCUUGGUGGUAAGGAAAUAUUGGAAGCUGAUUUAAAAACUUUAAGUGCAGAACAUGUAUCAGACGCCGUUAUGUAUUGUAUACAAACACCGCCAAAUGUGCAAAUAAAGGAACUGAUCAUCAAGCCUCUUGGAGAGAAAUUUUAA